GGUCCAUUGAUUCGCACCGACCCGUACAUGGUACAGGUGUAACAUUGUGCUCCAGAAUACUUCAAUUCUUUGGGGGCAACUUUCGAAUUCCUGACAGUUCACCCUACAUCGGAUAAAAAUUCUCUAGUCAACCAACAACAUGGGAAGGGAAAAGACUAAUAUCAGCAUCGUGGUCAUCGGCCAUGUCAACUCUGGCAAGUCCAACACCACUGGUCACCUGAUCUACAAGUGUGGUGGCAUCGACAAGCGUAACAUUGAGAAGUACGAGAGGGAAGCUGCUGAGUUGGGGAAGGGCUCCUUCAAGUACGCCUGGGUGUUGGAAAAGCUGAAGGCCGAGCGUGAACGUCGUACCAUUGAGAUUGAGACUGCAAAGUACCGGGUGACUAUGAUUGACCCUGGACAUCUUGAUUUCAUCCAGAACAUGAUCGCAGGAACUUCACGGGUUGACUGUGCCUUGCUGAUUGUGUCUGCCGGUACUGGUGAGUUUGAGGAGGGUAUGUCCAACGAAGGACAGACCCGUGAGCACGUCCUGCUGGCCCACAUCAUGGGUUUCAAGCAGCUCAUCGUGGCAAUCAACAAGAUGGACAGCACCGAACCCCCCUACUCCGAGGCUCGUUUCAAUGAGAUUCAGCAGGAACUGAGCACUUGCAUCAAGAAGGUCGGCUACGACCCCGGGACUGUCGCCUUCGUGCCCAUCUCUGCCUGGCAUGGUGACAACAUGGUGGAGCCUUCAGGGAACAUGCCGUGGUACAAGGGGUGGUCAAUUGAGCGCAACGAGGGCAAUGCCAGCGGCACCACCCUGCUCGAGGCCCUGGACUCCAUCCUGCCACCCCAGAGGCCUACUGACAAGCCUCUCCGUCUGCCCCUGCAGGAUGUGUACAAGAUUGGAGGUGUGGGAACUGUGCCCGUCGGCAUUGUGGAGACCGGCAUCCUGAAGCCAGGUAUGGAGGUGACCUUCGCCCCUGCCGGCCUCACCCUUGAGGUUAAGUCCGUGGAAAUGCACCACGUGUCUGUGCCCGAGGCCCUGCCUGGAGACAACGUCGGCUUCGUUGUCGGGAACGUGGAUGACUUUAAUAAGUUUGUCAAGGACCUCAGGCGUGGGUUUGUUGCCGGUGACAGCAAGAACGACCCACCUAAGGAGGCCGUGAGCUUUGAUGCGGAGGUUACUGUGCUGAACCACUCAGUCCAGAUCCACGCCGGCGACACGCCUGAGGUGGAUUGCCACACCGCCCGCAUCGCCUGCAAGUUUGCCAAGCUGAAGGAAAAGAUCGACCGUCGUUCCGGCAAGGUUCUGGAACAAAACCCCGCGUUCCUCGAGUCUGGAGAUACGGCCAUCGUCCAGAUGAUCCCCUCCAGGCCCAUGUGUGUGGAGGCCUUCUCUGAUUACCCGGCCCUGGGUCGCUUCGCAGUGCGCGACAUGACGCAGACCGUGGCCAUCGGCACCAUCAAGUCCGUGACGAAGAAGACUACUGAGGCUGCUGCUGAGGCUGCUGGCAAGAAGAAGUGAUGGUCGCUUCAGUUUACUCCGCCUUCCGUCACAGCCACGAUGGAUCCAUGAUGUACACAGGAGCUUCCAACAAGGUCAAACCAGAAGCUUUUUGUUUAAGAAUCGUAGCUUUUGUUUCAGCCGACGACGAUUCCAUAGCCAAAAAGCUUCACCGUAAGCACUGAGCUGACAAUCGUAAGGUGAGGGUCUUAACUCGAGUUAUGAAUCUAUCUAGCUUCCUCUUCUAUGUAUCUUUGUUAGCUUGAAGGUACAAUGGUCCAAUAUAAUAUGUUUUAACUACUUUGAAUUGGUAAACUGGCAAAUCAUAUGUUCCUACUUUUAUCAUAUGUAAAAGACGUGGAUUGUAACGAGGUGGAGUAAAGAGAGAAGUUCAGAACCGAUCAAGUUUCACGUGCAUUUGUGGUGCCUCCAUGGUUGUAGUUUCUUUACUUACUCUAGUAUUAUGAUUUUCUCCAUUGGUAUCUUAAGCUAGGGGCACAACCCGCCGUACUUGCAACUGCGUGGUGUCCACGUGCCAAAACGUGGGCAAUCGCACAGAGAUUGUACGUUGUAAGCACGUACAUCUCACUUACAACUUGCGCAACGAACGAUGCACGCAACCGGCUCACGGCCAGGCGCGGCGUGCAGACCACAUACUUACAUACACCUUAGCUUGCGCAACCGUGCGAGAGACGUGCGUUAUACUCCCUCCCUGAUCUUGCCAGUCCACCCCCACGUUUUCGGAAAAACGUGGCGGACGUGACCUCUCAAAAAAACGUAUGGACAAAAAGCACGUAUGGCGGGUUGUGCCCCUAGCUUUAGAGUAAAAGUCACCAUCACCUUCCAUUGUUGUGUGUUUGACUUCUAGAGUGGUGUAUUAAGCUAAAGGUUUCCACCAUGCAUAUCUUAUGCUGAAUAAACUGAACUGUGAAAGUACAAA